AGGGAUUCUACUGCUAAUUGGUGUGGAAAGUUUCUGUUAUAAAUAGACAGAGAGGUUGAGAACUUUUGUAUAGCUUGCGGUAGAGUACCUCUUGCGUAAACCUGUCGUGGAGCAGUAGAGCUUGAGGGCACGUAAACGGGGCCGUGGAAUCUCGGAACCCCGGCUGCGGUGGAGGUGGGAGGACCGACCGACGUCCAGAGGAGAGGCGCCACCGCGGCGCUCCCAGAUAAGCCUUGCAAGGAGGACACGUACGUCCCUAUUAAAAGGAGACAUCUUUCCUUCCUCCCUCCCGUGGUCCACUCUGAUUCCCCCCUCCUCUUUCUCAGUACUCGUCGUCCUCUUCCUCGCGUCGGGGAAUCAACAAGGGGAUCGCGACUCGAGUGAGUGAAGCUAGCCUGCUGGUGGCAAUGCUGGAGGGGAAGGCGCGGGUGGAGGACACCGACAUGCCGGCGCGGAUGCAGGCGGCGGCGACGUCCGCGGCCUCCCGCGCGCUUGACCUCUUCGACGUCGCCGACUGCCGUGCCAUCGCCGGACACAUCAAGGCGGAGUUCGACAAGAGGUACGGGGUGGGGUGGCAGUGCGUGGUGGGCGCCAACUUCGGCUGCUUCUUCACCCACACCAGCGGCACCUUCAUCUACUUCUCCCUCGAGCGCCUCUCCUUCCUCCUCUUCAGGGCCGCCGCCGCCUAAAUCCGCCGUCGCCGGCGAAAUCGAACGGCGGCGAGCCAUACAAGGAGAACAGCUUAUGCACGCAGGAAUGUAAGCUCGCUCAGAUGUGCACGUGCCCACCUUCUCUCUUUGUACAUACACCAUGGUUGUGCAAUCUUUGUCUGCUACUCUGCUCCCUCUCGAUGCUGUUCGUUUUCUUGGUCUCCCCACCAUGGACAUUGACCUACCAAGCUUCCAUUUUUUAGUUCGAUGGCGUUUCAUCUCCGCCUACGAGUUCAGCGUAUCCAGCUCAAAAUCAAGAAAGAAAGAAAAAAUUUCUCUGGCUGGAUGUGCGAGAUCUUUUCUUGCAGUGCAUUCAGUACGGACGCUUGGAUGGAUGUGAUGUGUGAAUUGCGAUCGAGAUGAACUUCUCCCUGUACCUUUUUUCUUCUAUUGAACGUGGCAGAAUGGACACGGUAAUGGUGGCGCUUUCUCUUUCAUUUGCUUGGAUGGUUGAGGGGUCCUAUUAAAUCUCGCGAAAACGAAAGCAGAACGCCUGCCCCAUGAUUGCGAAUGACAAAAAACCCCGCGUGUGAAGGAAAGAAAGCAACUUGCAUAGUUAGAUGAUUAUCUUUUUCUUUUUCUGGAUGGUCUGACGAUGAAAACCUGAGAGGGUAAUCUUUUUCUUUUUCUGGAUGGUCUGACGAUGAAAACCGAUGAAAACUUGAGGCUGUAGGUUCUCGUUAGAGCGAAUUUAUUAAGACUCUACCGGCUAACAUCGUCCAGAUAUUUGUUUGGCAACGCUAGGGAAUGGCAUGGUUGGUUUCCAUUCAUUUCCCGCCCACUAAUGUUUUGUUCUAAAACUUGUUUAAAAUGUAAGCUUUUUUAAUAUUAAAUCUUAUAUAAAAUAUAAUGUGUUUUUGUUUUUAUUGAUAGUAUUAUUUAUUAUAUCGAUCACUUCCCUAUUCAAUAU